AUGAGCAGCCAUGGCAACAGCCUCUUUCUGCGGGAGAGUGGCCAGCGGCUGGGCCGGGUGGGCUGGCUGCAGCGGCUGCAGGAGAGCCUGCAGCAGAGAGUGCUGCGCACGCGCCUGCGCCUGCAGACCAUGACACGCGAGCACGUGCUGCGCUUCCUGCGCAGGAACGCCUUCAUCCUGCUGACUGUCAGUGCCGUGGUCAUUGGGGUCAGCCUGGCCUUUGCCCUGCGCCCAUACCAGCUCAGCUACCGCCAGAUCAAGUACUUCUCUUUCCCUGGAGAGCUCCUCAUGAGGAUGCUGCAGAUGCUGGUGCUGCCCCUCAUUGUCUCCAGCCUGGUCACAGGUAUGGCGUCCCUGGAUAACAAGGCGACAGGGCGGAUGGGGAUGCGGGCAGCUGUGUACUACAUGGUGACCACGGUCAUCGCGGUCUUCAUCGGCAUCCUCAUGGUCACCAUCAUCCACCCCGGGAAAGGCUCCAAGGAGGGGCUGCACCGAGAGGGUCGGAUCGAGACCAUCCCCACGGCAGAUGCCUUCAUGGACCUGGUCAGAAAUAUGUUUCCGCCCAACCUUGUGGAGGCCUGCUUCAAACAGUUUAAGACACAGUACAGCACGAGGUUGGUAACCAGGACUGUCGUGAGGACAGAUAAUGGAUCUGAGCUGGGCACCUCUAUGCCGCCUUCAUCCUCACUGGAGAAUGGAACCGGCCUCCUGGAAAAUGUCACGCGAGCCUUGGGCACCCUGCAGGAGGUGCUGAGCUUUGAAGAGACUGUACCUGUGCCUGGCUCAGCCAAUGGCAUCAAUGCCCUGGGCCUUGUGGUCUUCUCAGUGGCCUUCGGGCUGGUCAUUGGUGGCAUGAAACACAAGGGCCGAGUCCUGCGGGACUUCUUCGACAGCCUCAAUGAGGCUAUUAUGAGGCUGGUGGGCAUCAUUAUCUGGUAUGCACCCGUGGGUAUCCUGUUCCUGAUUGCUGGCAAGAUCUUAGAGAUGGAGGACAUGGCCGUCCUGGGGGGUCAGCUGGGCAUGUACACCCUGACCGUCAUUGUGGGUUUGUUCGUCCAUGCCGGUGGCAUCCUGCCUCUCAUCUACUUCCUCAUCACCCACCGGAAUCCUUUCCCCUUCAUUGGAGGAAUACUGCAGGCUCUCAUCACCGCCAUGGGCACGUCUUCCAGCUCUGCGACAUUGCCCAUCACCUUCCGCUGUCUGGAGGAGGGCCUCGGUGUGGACCGCCGCAUCACCAGGUUCGUACUGCCCGUGGGGGCCACUGUCAACAUGGACGGCACUGCCCUCUAUGAGGCCCUGGCCGCCAUCUUCAUUGCCCAAGUCAACAACUACGAGCUCAACCUGGGCCAGAUCACAACUAUCAGUAUCACAGCUACAGCAGCCAGUGUCGGGGCUGCCGGCAUCCCCCAGGCAGGUCUGGUUACCAUGGUGAUUGUGCUCACCUCGGUCGGCCUGCCCACUGAAGACAUCACGCUCAUCAUCGCUGUGGACUGGUUCCUUGACCGACUUCGCACAAUGACCAAUGUGCUGGGGGAUUCUAUCGGAGCGGCCGUCAUUGAACAUCUGUCUCAGCGGGAGCUGGAGCUGCAGGAAGCUGAACUCACCCUCCCCAGCCUGGGGAAGCCCUACAAGUCACUCAUGGCACAGGAGAAAGGGGCGUCCAGGGGACGGGGAGGAAAUGAGAGUGCCAUGUGA